AUGCUUUUCCAUAAUGUUUUGAGGACCGUUGAUUAUUCAAAGGUUAUUAUCUCCCGGAGAUGUAUCACCUUUUCAAGUUCGAUAUCGCAGCAGAAUAAUGUUCGGUUGCAUGAAACAGAUGACGAGCAUUCAGAAAUUAGAGUAAAAGAUGUGUCGCCAUUUGAGAGGGUACAGAAUGUGGCAACGGAUUUAAAGAAUGAGUUAAAAGCACCAGGCUCAGAUAUCAAUGAAGUUUUCAAUGAUUUCAAAGAGAAAAUGGAACUGUUGAAACAAAAAUUACGGAAUCCGUCAUUAAUGGAGAGAUCGCACUUAUUGGCGAACUUUUCUUCUGAACUUCUGCAGGAAUUAAGCUAUAAAAACAAGAAUAUGACAAUAGAUCCUUAUCAAGUUUUAAAUACAUUGUGUCAAUACAAGUUGGCACGCUCUCAGCAUUUCACUAUCGUUUUGAAAUACCUUCUACAUAAUCAAUCGGCACAAGACGUUAUUGCAUUAUGGGUCAAGUACUUGGAAACUAUUUCAGAAAACCCAGCGAUCUUACUUCAGAAUAGCUCAUCUCAUGCACAUACUCAAAAUAUUGCCAUCACAACUAUUGCUUAUCUAUCCUUGCCGGGAAAUACUGUGGACAUUAAGAUUCUUUAUAGGAUUUUGCAAAUCGAUGACAAAAUGGGUCAGAUUUUACCCUUUAACAUAAUAAGAAGAAUGUUAAAUACAGAAUGUACUUCUCUUGAAGGAAGAGACCUAACUAUGAAAAAUUUUAAUGAUUUGUAUUAUCAAUACACAGUACAGGAUAUUGGUCAUUUCUUGAACCAAAUUGAGAACGCCCCUAGAUGGAUAGAUUUAAGAGAUCUCUAUAGCCAAUAUGAUAAGCUUGAAGGCGAAAAGAACAUAGAGAUCAUAACCAAGUUCAUGGAUAAGUAUAUCGAUUUGAAGAAACCCGAGCAAGUGGUGAGCAUUUAUAACCAUUAUAAUACGAUUUUCCCAAAUUCCUCGUUACUGAAGGAUCGACUUUUGAAUGCAGUGGCCCAUCUACGGGCCAAAUCCAGUAAAGAGAAGUUGGAUAGAAUUUUAGCAGUCUGGAAUAGUAUUAUCAAGCCAGGAAAUGAUAUCAAAAACACAUCAUAUGCGUCUUUAGUUAAUGCUCUUUGCGAUUCUGGGAAUUUCAACCAUUUAAAGGCCUUCUGGGAAGGAGAACUUCCUCAGAAAUAUAAGAAAGAUCCUAUAGUGAAGGAAGCAUUCCUCCUGGCCUUAUGUCAAACGACGCCAUUAAAGUAUGAUCAAAUAAAAGAGGAAUUGGGAGAGACUGUUAAAACUAUGAAACUGUUCCACAAGGUUCUGUUACUGAUGUUAGAUGAUGAAAAAGUAAGUGAAGAAAAAUUCAACGCGUUUUAUCAUAAGCAUUACCCAUCAGAUGGUACAGUAUUCCCUAGUUUGGAAACUUUAAGCAUUAAAAUGUAUGCUAAUUAUAAAUUUAAAGCAGAUGAUAUACGUCCAGAGUUUAAGCUAUUACAAAGUGUUUCUAUAAACCCCACCGAGUAUGAAAAAGUUGAAAAAAUCACUAAAGCUUUUGUGUCAAUAUGCCCCACUAUUGAGCCAAUUCGUCAAUUCCGUAAACAGUUAGGAACUCACCUGAAUGCUAGGAAUUAUGCAGACUUUAUUUCUGCAGAGUUUAGUAAACCGGGCGGCACAGUGGACGAGGCGAAGGGCUUGUUUGAUGACUUUCUAGCCUAUCAAAAGACCAGGAAAAGGAACGUGGAUAAUACGCCGCUGAAUGCGUUGUUGUUAGGAUUCUGCGAUAAACUUUACAAGAGUAAAAAGGGUGAAUAUAUUCCCUUUAUUGAAGAGUACUACCAUUUGGCUGAGGAUUUAGCGAUUCGGGUGUCGAACUUGGCGGUUUCAAAAAUUUUAUUCAACUUGGCUACUUUCUCACGCAUUACUCCGGAAUUAGGUGACAAUGAAACUCGUUUUAUUAACCAAUUUCUGCAAGAUGUAAGUAGUGAUGAAGGUUUUCGUCCAAACCCCAAAGAUAUACAAAUUUUAAAAGAAUGUGAUGGAAUUAUCGUUCCGGAAAAGCUCCUUUAA